CCGGCCGGUGCCCGCCUUGCUCGCGGCGGUCCCGGGGCCGGGGCCCGCGCUCCGUUCACGGGGCCGGGCCGAGCGGGCGGGGCCCAGCGCUGCGCGUCCCUCCGCUGCCGGGAGCCGCCGCCGCCCGGUCCCCGGCUCGGCGCGGGUCAGUGGCAUUUGGGCCCGCGGCCUCACUGACCAAAGGCCACCAUGGCGAAGCGCGAGGCCAGCGCCAGCCCCGUGGUGCGGCAGAUCGACAAGCAGUUCCUGGUGUGCAGCAUCUGCCUGGACCGGUACCACAACCCCAAGGUGCUGCCCUGCCUGCACACCUUCUGUGAGCGGUGUCUCCAGAACUAUAUCCCGCCCCAGAGCCUCACCCUGUCCUGCCCCGUCUGCCGCCAGACCUCCAUCCUGCCCGAGCAGGGCGUGGCCGCGCUGCAGAGCAACUUCUUCAUCACCAACCUCAUGGAGGUGCUGCAGCGCUCCCCCGAGGGCAGCAGCCGCCCCGACGCCGCCGUGCUGGACCCCGUCAGCGCCGUCACUGGCCAGCCGCUCUCCUGCCCCAACCACGAGGGCAAGGUGAUGGAGUUCUACUGCGAGUCGUGCGAGACGGCCAUGUGCCGCGAGUGCACGGAGGGCGAGCACCGGGAGCACGUCACCGUGCCGCUGCGCAACGUGGUGGAGCAGCACAAGGCCUCGCUGCAGCAGCAGCUCGACGCCAUCAAGAGCCGGCUGCCCCAGCUGACAGCCGCUAUCGGGCUGGUGAGCGAGAUCAGCAAGCAGCUCAUGGAGCGGAAGAACGCCGCGGUGGGCGAGAUCAGCGGCUCCUUUGCGGAGCUGGAGCAGGCCCUGCAGCAGCGCAAGGGGCUGCUCGUGCGUGACCUGGAGGCCACCUGCAGCGCCAAGCAGAAGGUGCUGCAGGCCCAGCUGGAUGCCCUGCGGCAGGGCCAGGAGAACAUCCUGAGCAGCUGCACGUUCACGGAGCAGGCGCUACACCACGGCACGGAGACGGAGGUGCUGCUGGUGAAGAAGCAGAUGAGUGAACGGCUCAGCGCGCUGGCAAGCCAGGAGUUCCCCGAGCAGCCGCAGGAGAAUGACCAGCUGGACUACGUGGUGGAGACGGACGGCGUCCGCAAGUCCAUCCUCAACCUGGGCGUGCUCAUCACCACCAGCGCCAUCGCCCACAAGACGGUGGCCACGGGUGAGGGGCUGCGGCACGCGGUGGUGGGGCAGCCCUCCUCCCUCACCAUCACCACCAAGGACAAGGACGGCGAGCUGGUGCGCAGCGGCAGCGCCAGCCUGCAGGCCCAGGUGACGGCGCCCGACGGCGGCCGGGCUGAGGCCGAGGUGCUGGACAACAAGAACGGCACCUACGAGCUGGUGUACACGCCGCGGCAGGAGGGCGACUUCCUGCUCUCCAUCCUGCUCUACGGGCAGCCCAUCAGGGGCAGCCCCUUCCGCACUAAGGCCCUCAAGGCCUGCGACGUGCCUCCCUCGCCCGACGACGUCAAGCGCCGCGUCAAGUCCCCUAGCAGCGGGCACAUCCGGCAGAAGGCCGUGCGGCGCCCCUCCAGCAUGUAUGGCAGCGGCAAGAAGAAGGAGAACCCCAUCGAGGACGAGCUCAUCUUCCGCGUAGGAAGCCGAGGCCGGGAGAAGGGGGAAUUCACCAACCUGCAGGGCAUCUCCACCUCCAGCUCCGGUCGCAUCGUGGUGGCUGACAGCAAUAACCAGUGUGUGCAGGUCUUCUCCAACGAGGGCCAGUUCCGGCUGCGCUUCGGCGUGCGGGGCCGCUCCCCCGGGCAGCUGCAGCGCCCUACCGGUGUCACGGUUGACAUGAACGGGGACAUCAUCAUCGCCGACUACGACAACCGCUGGGUCAGCAUCUUCUCCCCCGAGGGCAAGUUCAAGACGAAGAUCGGGGCUGGGCGGCUGAUGGGCCCCAAGGGCGUGGCCGUGGACCGCAAUGGCCACAUCAUCGUGGUGGACAACAAGGCCUGCUGCGUCUUCAUCUUCCAGUCCAAUGGGAAGCUGGUGACCAAGUUUGGUGGCCGCGGAUCGGCGGAGCGGCAGUUUGCAGGUACCCUCGAUGGUAAUACCUCGACCAGCAGGUCCUUACUACUGCAUGUCUUUGGCUUCCUGCUGUGCCAGUCUGGGCCCCACUUCGUCGCUGUUAACAACAAGAACGAGAUCGUGGUGACCGACUUCCACAACCACUCGGUGAAGGUGUACAGCGCCGACGGCGAGUUCCUCUUCAAGUUCGGCUCCCACGGGGAGGGGAACGGGCAGUUCAACGCCCCCACCGGCGUGGCCGUCGACUCCAACGGCAACAUCAUCGUGGCCGACUGGGGCAACAGCCGGAUCCAGUCCCCUCUCUCGGCAGGUCUUCGACAGCUCAGGCUCCUUCCUGUCCUACAUCAACACGCUGGCCGACCCGCUGUACGGGCCGCAGGGCCUGGCGCUCACCUCGGACGGACACGUGGUGGUGGCCGACUCGGGCAAUCACUGUUUCAAGGCCUAUCGCUACCUGCAGUAGCUGAGGGACCCUGGGCAGGCCUCGGCCUGCGCCUGCCCCGCUGCCUGGACUAGAGACCGAGGGGCCCCUUUACCCACCUGCAGACUGGUGCUGAGCGCCCAGCCCACCAGAGGUGGGGGGCUGCAGGAGCCCUGGGCCCCCCAGGCUGCAGUGCAAGGGACUGGCGAGCGGGGGGGACCCGCCCCUGUGCCUGCCGGCCCGGGCCCCAGAGCAGGGAGACCGGCCCAUGGAGAGGGGUGGCCCACCGGGUCCCCCCGGCUGCGGUGAAGGUUAGUGGCUGUCCGCCCUUCCCCCCUCCCUGGGCCCUUUGGUGUUUGCUGGGGGGCCACCCCUCCCCCCAGUCGUGCGGGCCAGAGGGUCAAUGGGGCUGCGGGGGCUGGGGGCCUUGAUCCUUCUCCGUGGGGUGCAGCAUAUCCUGUCCAUCACCGCCUCUGAGUCCCCCAGCAACACCUGCCCCCUGUACAACACAGCAACACCCGCCUCUGAGUCCCCCAGCAACACCCCUCCCCCUGUACAACCCAGCAACACCCGCCUCUGAGUCCCCCAGCAACACCUGCCCCCUGUACAACGCAGCAACACCCGCCUCUGAGCCUCCCAGCAACAACCGCCCCCUGUACAACCCAGCAACACCUGCCCCCUGUACAACCCAGCAACUCCUGCCUCUGAGUCCCCCAGCAACACCCCUCCCCCUGUACAACCCAGCAACACCCACCUCUGAGUCCCCCAGCAACACCCCUCCCCCUGUACAACCCAGCAACACCCGCCUCUGAGUCCCCCAGCAACACCCCCUCAUACAACCCAGCAACACCCACCUCUGAGUCCCCCAGCAACACCCCCGUACAACCCAGCAACACCCGCCCCCCUGUACAACCCAGCAACACCUGCCCCCUUUCCAACCCACCAACUCCAUCCUCUGAGUCCCCCAGCAACACACCUCCCCCUGUA